UGAGAGGAUUUCAGCCUCGUUUUUGUUUUUCAAUGAUUGAUAGUGAUACGCUGUCAUCACGUUUAGAACCACAGCCGAGAUGCUGUGGCUAGGCUGAACAUUGAACUGCCGUGCUGUUCAAGGCUUUGAUAAAUUGUCUACCUGUUACAUUUGUGUGGUCUCGGUUGGGAUGGAAACGAAAAAGUGGUGAGGAAGGGCGGUACUUUCAAAAGGGCAUGAGAGGAAUUAAUCAUUGAUCGUUAAAUAUUUGCGAGCAUCAACAAACUCAAUGUUUUUUAAAUUAAAUGUCGAAGCGCAUUGUUUAAAUUGCGACUCAAUGCUUUGAAGAAAAGGUGCGGGCAAACCAAAGCGCAACAAACAGACCGCGCAAAGGGAUUUCUUACUUGAGAAGAAGGCUGGUUGUGGAACUGGGUUCUUAAACAUCUCGAUAUCAAUCAGCGGUACGGACAUGAAUCCAAUUGUGGAAGCAGUGGCAUUUCUUCUGGGUUUUCUUGGCUGGAUAAUGGUUGGCGUGGCUCUGCCAAAUCGGUACUGGAGGGUAUCCACUGUAGACGGCAAUGUUAUCACGACCUCGACUAUUUACGAGAACCUGUGGAUGUCCUGCGCAACGGACUCCACGGGAGUCCACAAUUGCCGUGAUUUUCCGUCAUUGCUCGCCCUUUCUGGUUACAUCCAGGCAUCCCGUGCGCUCAUGAUUGCCUCAAUUGUAAUGGGUUUUUUUGGGAUCAUCGCAACCCUGGUGGGCAUGCAGUGUUCAAAGGUGGCUGGAGACAACUAUGUACUGAAAGGACGGAUUGCUGGAAUCGGUGGAGUAUUCUUCUUACUUCAAGGUCUGUGUACAAUGAUUGCAGUUUCGUGGUAUGCUUUCAACAUCACUCAAGAGUUCUUUAAUCCAGUGUAUCCAGGAACAAAGUAUGAAAUUGGACAGGGUCUCUACAUUGGCUGGUCCUCCGCCACCCUGGCUCUCUGUGGCGGCUGUUGUCUACUGUGUUCGUGCAAACUGGAGUCUACUAACGAGAAAGUGCCAUACCCAUACCAGCCUCCUACUCAAUUAACGACUUAUUCUGGUCCAGUAAUGUCCCAGGGGCCGCCCAGUCAAUAUGUCAGAAAUGCUUAUGUAUAAUGUCUGACGCAGUGUGAGGAUGUAAAUUGCCAUAACAACACAUGAACAGCAAAACAACCAUGCAAAAAGAAUGCCAAAACGUCUCUUCUUCAUCAAACGUCUGUUUAUUACAUUCGUAAAAUCAAACCUUUUCAGUUUUGUUGACUUUUUGUAAAUAAUACCCAUGCUGGCUGUGGAGGGAACUAUGCAAGAGAUACAAUUCAUGUCUUAAUUGUUUUUCAUGUUGUUAUAUUAUUUUGCUUUAUAGGUGUUGUCUUAAUCAUAAAAAAAUAAAAGGAUGAAUUGUUUUAUUCAUUA